UGCUUCUUCAUUGUCUGCCUUGGUGAAGAAGAAGAAGAAAGGAAGGAAGAAAAAUGGCUAGCUCAGUGCUCUCCACCGCCGCCGCCGCCGCCGCCGCGACUCCGGCGCAAGCCACUAAGGUGGCUCCUUUCGUCGGCCUCAAGUCCUCCGCGGCUUUCCCCGUCGCUCGUAAGAACUCCGCCGACAUCACCUCCCUCGCCAGCAAUGGCGGAAGAGUCUCCUGCAUGAAGGUCUGGCCUACGGAAGGGAAGAGGAAAUUCGAAACCCUGUCGUACCUGCCGACAUUGACGAGAGAGCAGCUCCUCAAGCAAGUCGAGUACCUUCUCAGGCUCAAGCUGAUUCCCUGCCUCGAGUUCACAAUAGGACCGGCCUUCCCCUACCGUGAGAACCACAGAUCUCCAGGGUACUACGACGGACGGUACUGGACCAUGUGGAAGCUGCCGAUGUUCGGGUGCACCGACGCCGUGCAGGUGUUGCAGGAGCUGGACGAGGCGGUGGCCUACCACCCUCAGGCCUGCGUGAGGAUCAUCGGAUUCGAUCCGAAGCGCCAGGUGCAGAUCAUCAGUUUCAUCGCGCACAAGCGCCCCGGCCUCGUCUGGGACUAAUUGUCGUUUUGUGCACUGCCUGAUGUCGUUUCGAUUUCAACCUCCAUUGUUAGUGUUCUUUCGCGUCGUUGUGGUCUGUUUGUUGUGGUUUUCUUCUAUUCCUUCUUUUCUUCUUCUUCUUCUCCAAUGGUGCUUUUCCUCAGAUAAGGGACACGUGGCAGCCAUUUGUUAAUUUGAUCAUAUAUGAAGAUAUGAUAUGUGUGUCUGUCGUCUUUCUAUUCGGGAUUGAUAGUUUUCCAUUGAUAAGGAGAUUCAACAAUGUAUGAGGAUAAGUAUGAAUUAAGCAAUAAUUAUUACUA